UGCUGAUGGUAAUUUCGAAGUGACGCUUGCAACAAAAGCAACAAUUUACUCAGAAGGAUUAGUCGAGUGGAAACCUCCAGCAAUUUACAAAUCGUCCUGUGAAAUAGAUGUAGAAUAUUUUCCUUUUGACGAACAAACAUGUGUUCUCAAAUUUGGCAGUUGGACAUAUGACGGGUUCAAGUGCUGAUGGUCAUUAUGAAAUCACCCUUUUGACAAAAGCAACUGUCUAUAGUAGUGGGCUUGUUAUGUGGCAACCGCCUGUGGUCUAUAAAUCAUCUUGUUUAAUCGAUGUUGCACAUUUUCCAUAUGAUGUUCAAACAUGCAUACUAAAAAUAGGAAGUUGGACUUAUGAUGGUUUUAAGGUUGACCUAAGACAUAUGGAUGAACAGCAGGGCAAUAACAUUGUAGAUGUCGGAGUAGAUCUAUCUGAGUUCUAUAUGUCUGUGGAGUGGGAUAUUCUCGAAGUUCCUGCAGUCAGAAAUGAAAAAUUCUAUACAUGCUGUGACGAACCAUACUUGGAUAUUACGUUUAACAUAACCAUGAGGAGAAAAACAUUGUUUUAUACCGUUAACAUAAUCAUCCCAUGUAUGGGAAUUUCAUUUCUAACAGUCUUGACUUUCUACUUACCCUCGGACAGCGGCGAAAAGAAAUAG